AUGUCAUUCUUUGUUGAAUUAUGGGAGUCUGUCUUCACUCCUGGUACUACACCAGCUUUGAUCAAAGCUACACACGCAUCAUUCAUUAUGUUAAUAAUUUCACUUUUGUUUCUAAUAUAUCUUAGUGGGUCUAUUCAUUUCAUUAAUUUGCUUGUGAUAGCCCUUAUGCUUUAUGGUUCAGUUAUAUGGUUUAUCAAUGAACUCAAUAAGGCUAAGUUGAAGGAUAAUGCAGCCUUGGAAAAGGAGGAUGAAUCUGCUGAGAAAGAAGUCAAAUUAAGCUCAGACAAGGAUGUGGCAAAUGAAAAAUCUACCGAAGCUGAGUCAACCGGUGCAUCUAAAGGUAUUUCAAAGCCUAUCCCAGCUAAGAAGAGGAAAGCAUAA